AAAAAUCCACCAUUCAUCCUUGUUAUUGCAUCCGUUGGAGUUGAUCUUCAAGAGUAUCCGACGAAUCCAUCAAUUCUUGUUUCUACCGAUUCGUUUUUAUCAAAAAAGACCAAUGAUAAAGUUGUUCAGAAGAAUACAAUUGGAGGGGUUAAGGACAAAGCUGUUGAUGUGUCCGAGAAACAGCCGCUGAAGAAGGAAAGAGUUGCUGCAUCGAGAAACGGAAAAGUGGUUCAGAUGACUAGUAAACUGCCAGUGAAUGUCCAUGCAGUGGAUCCAGCUGGUAAGGACAAAGUUGUGGAAAGCACAACAAAGGACAAGCAUGCAAAUGAUGAAAUGCAGUUGCAUCAAAUAAGGGAAAAGCAGUACAAAAUCCUACUGAGUGUGCCGAGGAUCAGCAUGAAUGCUGCUACAACGCGUGUUAAGAAGGCAAGUUAUGCGCUUCGCUCUCCACACAAUGAGAGAGAGGUGAGAAUCACAGCUAAAGCAAAUCAACAGGACAAGGAGCUAUUUUAUUGGAUGAUCGACAUGAUUGACACGGAUCCUGCCACAUCUCUAACCCAAAAUAUACAUUAUUUUGUAUAAUAGCAUACUCCAUCCGUCCCCAAAUAAUAUGCACUUUUAGGGUCUACACGGGUUUUAAUGUAAAAUUGGUGAAGUAAGAGAGAGGU